AUGUUUGACUUGGCUUUGCCCAUCCCCGCUAUGUUGAUGAAACCCCGCAUUUACCCUACCCACCCACUUCUGAAGUCUCGAGUCCACGCCCUGUCCAUUCAUGGCCCCAGGAGGCGAUAUGUCCAACCAAGCAAGCCGAACUCUGCUACCUUAGCAGUACCGUCCUUACCAGAGACUCCACAGCAUGCGCCCGCGACUUCGAUUCCAGCAGCACACGAACCUCCGCUCGCAUGCCUCCCGCUCAAGAAUGUCGUACGAACGUACCUGAUCACCCGCGUAUCAUCAUCCCCUGCCUUGUGGGCCUUGUUUUACUGGGGUCUCCAGUUGCUUGCCACUCCAAAGACAGCACUGCUCGACCCUGACAAGAAUCGAGCCUUGAAUUGGGUGCUUAAGAAGACCUUUUACUCUCAGUUCUGCGCAGGAGAAAAUGCUGCCGAAGUCACGAGAACAACCAAGUCUGUGAAAGGUGUCGGCUAUCACGGCAUCAUUCUCGAGUACGCGCUCGAAGUGUUGCUCGAUGGCAUCGAACACGGUCCAGUUCCCGGCGCAGACAGCCCCGAAACGAAACGCGAGAUAGAAGAAUGGAGACGAGGCAUGCUGCAAACCGUCCAAAUGGCCGGGCCGGGAGAAUUCGCCGCGCUCAAAUGGUCCGGUCUCGGCCGCCACGCGCUGCACCUCCUCAAGCAAAACCAGCCGCCGACUCCUCUCAUGGAUGCCGCCAUCCGGGAGGUCUGCGACGCCGCGGCCGCGAAGAACCUUGCGCUCCUGCCCGGCGCCGAGGAGGAGAUCACCAACGCAGGCAUCGACGCCUGGACGCUCGCGCUGGAGCGGCACUACAACCGCCACGAGACCGGCCAGACCAUCAUGUACAACACCUACCAAGCCUACCUGAAAUCGACCCCCGCCAAGCUGGCGCAGCACGUCGCAGACGCCCAGAAGCACGGCUACAUCCUCGGCGUCAAGCUGGUCCGCGGCGCCUACCUGUCCUCCGAGCCAAAGAGCCAGGUCUGCUCGAGCAAGGCCGAAACGGACAGCGUCUACAACUCGCUGGCCGAGUCGCUGCUCCGACGGCAAUACGGCCAUGUGCUGCGCCCCGCCCCCGGCUCUGACGGCGCCUCGUUCCCGCAGAUCGCCCUCGUCCUGGCCACGCACAACGCGGAAUCCGUGCGGCUGGCGCAGGAAAUCCGAAACCGACAGGUGGCCGCCGCCGAGCCACGCAUCGCUUUGGCCUACGCGCAGCUCAUGGGCAUGGCGGACGAGAUCGGAUGCGGGCUGGUGCAGGCGGGGAAGGUCGCUGCGGCCGAACAGGAGGCUCGCGGCGUCUUUGGCCCGUUGUGGAGGAAGGUCGAUAUUCCAAAGGCAUAUAAAUGCCUCUGCUGGGGCACGGCGGGCGAAUGUCUGCAGUUCCUUCUGCGAAGGGCGGCGGAGAACAAGGAUGCUGUGGCGCGGACGGCAACGACGCGCAAGGCUAUGGCUGGCGAGAUCAAACGGAGAGUGCGAGUCGCGCUGCGGUUGGCGUCUUAG